AUUCCAUCAAAUCAAACCCUAAUUGAUUCCCGACCGAUUCAAUCCCGACCCCUUAAUCUGAUGUUCUUCUGAUUGCUGGAGUUGGGAUUUUGGUUUCCAUUGUCAAUCUGCAGUGUCGGUUUUGGAUUUGGGAUCUUAUUGAAACGUAAUAAUUUUGCUGAAAAUAAAAAAUAAAAAUGGGUCGAAUGGCGCGGAGUUGCAUCCAAUCGAUGCUAAAGCUCACGAAUUCGGUGUUAGGAAUGGUAGGAAUUGCUGUUGCUAUCUACGCUAUUUGGAUGCUUAGGGUUUGGCUCCGCCACUACGAAUCCACGGAGGUCCCUAUUCCCUGGUUCAUAUACACUGUUCUAGGGCUUGGGGUUGCUGUGUGCGUGAUUUCAUGCUCAGGACACGUUGCGGCCGAGACUGCUACCGGUUGUUGCUUGUACAUUUACAUGGUUUUUGUUUUUCUGCUUUUUGUGCUGGAAGCUACAGUCACUGCUGAUAUUUUCCUAAACCAUAAUUGGAAGGAGGACUUCCCGGAGGACCCAACUGGAAAUUUUGAUAAUUUAAAGGAUUUUAUCCAAGAAAACUUUGAUAUAUGCAAAUGGAUUGGCCUUUCAGUGGUUGCUUUAGAGGGGAUAAACAUCUUGUUGGCGAUGAUUCUCAAAGCAUUAGGACCACAUCCCGAGAGAUACUAUGAAAGUGACGAUGAGUAUCUACCAGCUAGAGUACCUCUCCUAAAGAAUUAUAUACCCCCACAAUCCUAUGUUGUUGGCGACCCAGCCUAUUCGGUGAAAAAUAAUGCUUGGAACAUGAGAGUUAAUAGUAAGACAAGUCGAUAAUCAAUUUUAUGGCCAUGAAGCAGAUGGAGGAGACAUCAAAUGUACAUGGAAUUUAAUUUAUUUAUUUUUGUCAUGGAAGGAGAACUACUUCCUCGUCUCUGGUACGCCUAAAUUUCAAUAAAACUGCAUAUUUUGUAUAUAACUCAAGAUAAUCAUAGCAAUAAUAAUGCUUGCAUUUCAAAAGAUACACAUUUGACAUUUUAUUGAUGUAUUAUAUAUCAUAUUUCUUUCUACUUGAGAAA